UUCGUUGUAUCGCCGCUGACGAUGAUACUGCCCCUUUUACUAAUUAAGAGGCACUAGUACGGUCUGUGAUUGACUUAAAGGAUGAGGUAAGUGAAUUGGACAGAAUAUCUGUAGCAUCGUGGCUACAUCGCUACCUGGUGUUGGAAUGUUCGAGUUCAUUCGAAGCAACAAGCUCAGACGAUCUGAGCCCAACGAGCCAGCCUAGUGUUGAUGUGAUGCUAUCCUACGUCAGCGCAGAAGAUCUGAACAUGAUUAUUGCAGAAAGCAUGGUGUACGCCAGUGCUGCAAUUUGUCGGCGUGUGAGCUGCAUGUAAGGCUCUCCUUCGUGUUAAGGGCAAGCUACUUUUCAAACUCUCGUCUCGUUUACUGAAUUUCACUUUGUCUCCCAUCAUGACUGAAACACUGGAAGUUGCUCUUACAGUCGUUUCCGCUAGUGAUGUCGCCCGCAUUUCGCCCGCUUCACACCAAGUACAUUCUUUCUAUGUCGUAGUCAAAGCGGAUGGGGAUGAGCCUAGAAAAACCAUCGUCUCUACUGGUGCUGGUAGUAUGGUGUGGGAUCACACCUUCCAUUUUGCCGCUCAUAGAGCGGCCAAAGUCUGCUUUCGUUUAUACAGGCUGCUCCAGGCGAGGCACGAAAAUUCAAUGAUCGGUGGAGUCUCGAUCACUCUUCAAGAACUACUCGAG